AUGAAGCUUUCUCUUGUCCUCAGCGCGCUCGCAUCCAUCGUGGUUCUUACCACAGCGUACCCCAUGCAAGGGGCCACUGCGAAACGUUCCAAUGUAGAAAAGCGCGAGGAACUCAACGCUGAGGAUUUCGACUACUCCAACUACGAAGUCAACGCUUUUGACUUCGAUUAUGUUGCAUACUCGAACGCGGUUGAGAAGAAGCGUGAGGAACUCAACGCUGAGGAUUUCGACUACACCAACUACGAAGUCAACGCUUAUGACUUCGAUUAUGUUGCGUACUCGAACGCGGUUGAAAAGAAGCGUGAGGAACUUAGCGCUGAAGAUUUCGACUACACCAACUACGAAGUCAACGCUUAUGACUUCGAUUAUGUUGCGUACUCGAACGCGGUUGAGAAGAAGCGCGAGGAACUCAACGCUGAGGAUUUCGACUACGCAAACUACGAAGUCAACGCUCAUGACUUCGAUUAUGUUGCAUACUCGAACGCGGUCGAGAAGCGCGGGGAGCUUAAUGCUGAGGAUUUCGAUUACAGCAAUUACGAAGUCAACGUUUUUGACUUGGAUUAUGCUGCGUACUCGAAUGCGGCUGAGAAGAAACGCGAGGUCAAUUAA